GUAAUCAUGAUUGUAGCUUUUCUUGGAGAUAGUUGCUGCUAGAGCUACAACGGGGAACGUUUCUCUAGAAAACUUUCGUCUGCAAAAUGGUGGUUCUCCAUGCCAAGGAGGACAAGGAACCUCCACAGGGAGGUGGAGAACAGAACAGUGAUGAAGAGAAUCCUGCAGAGGAAGAAGUUGACUUCAUCCCAUGGGUUCCUCCAGACUCUUACAUGGAUGAUUCUCCAGGACUGCAGCAGGUGGAAGAAAUAAAUGACAAUGCAUCUGAUGCUGAUGAACAAGAAGGCUCCUCAGACGAAGGGGUUGAAAUUGUUGAAAGCAAAAUAUCCAAAAAGGAUAAGACAAAGAGAAAAAAGAAAAAGAAGAAGAAGAAGAGGAAGCAGUCAGAUGUUGAUCCUAAAGAAGCAUGGAUUCAGAAGCAGCUAGAGGAAGAGCGACGGCGUAAAUCAGAGCGUGCGAGCAGAAAGAAGAAAUCAUCUACUGCAGCAACAUCAGUAUCUUCUGAACCCAGUGUUGAAGUGACCUAUGUCCAGGAGCAAAUUGAACUUGAUUACUCAGACCCAUUGCAUAGACAUUUUGCCAAGGUCUUUGAAAAUUUUAAAAUUGCUGAACCUUUGCCGCAAGUUGAAGAAAUUAAGGAUGAAAAGGAAGUCAUCCCCCAAGUACCUGUGAACCUUGGGGAUCUGAAAAAAGUUCCUAAAUUGGCUGAAGAUGAUGACUCAGAUGAAGAAAUAACAGAUAAACAGAAAAUAUCAAAGCGCAAGCUUAAACUCCUGAAGAGGAUGAGCAUUGCAGAGCUGAAGCAGACUGUAAACCGACCCGAUGUUGUGGAGAUGCAUGACGUCACAGCGCGCGAUCCCAAGCUCUUAGUGCACCUAAAGGCCACGCGCAAUGCAGUACCUGUUCCUCGACACUGGUGCUUCAAGCGAAAGUAUCUUCAAGGGAAGCGUGGUAUUGAGAAGCCUCCAUUUGAGUUACCAGAUUUCAUCAAGAAAACUGGAAUAAUGGAGAUGCGAGCAGCCUUGCAAGAAAAAGAAGACCAGAAAACCCUCAAGGCUAAAAUGAGAGAAAAGGUUAGACCAAAAAUGGGUAAAAUUGACAUUGAUUACCAAAAACUUCAUGAUGCUUUUUUCAAAUGGCAGUCAAAGCCAGAAAUGACGAUCCACGGAGAUCUUUACUAUGAGGGUAAAGAAUUCGAGACCAAAAUGAAAGAUAAGAAACCUGGAGAAAUGAGUGAUGACCUUCGAAUUGCUCUGGGCAUGCCUGUUGGCGUCAACGCCAAUAAAGUCCCUCCUCCCUGGCUAAUUGCCAUGCAGCGGUAUGGCCCACCACCGUCGUAUCCAAAUUUGAAAAUCCCUGGUCUGAAUGCUCCCAUUCCGGAAGGUUGUAGCUUUGGAUACCAUGCAGGUGGAUGGGGUAAACCACCUGUUGAUAAUAUGGGCAAACCGAUUUAUGGUGACGUUUUCGCUACACAAGAGAAAGAAUAUGAUGUCCCUAUGCUUGAGGAGGUGGAGAAGAGCUAUUGGGGCGAACUUGAGAGCGAGAGUGAAGAAGAGUCUGAGGAGGAAGAGAGCGAGGAAGAGGAGGAAGAUAACAGCGGGCUAGUGACUCCAGGAGACACUGGCCUAGUUACUCCUUCUGGUAUUAGCUCGAUGCCAGCAGGACUGGAGACUCCCGAUAUGAUUGAACUACGCAAGAAACAAGUGGAAACUGAGGCAGAGGGAGGUGAAACUCCAGCCCUGUAUACUAUUCUGCCCGAAAGGCGUGUCGAAAGUGGCGGAAGAAAUUUGAUGGCGUCUACUCACACUUACGACAUUGGAGGUGGACGUGGUGGGGGUGAUCACGGUGUUGACGUGGCAUUGGAUCCGUCUGAACUUGACCUAGUAGACACAGAAGCCAUGGCAGCGCGUUAUGAAGCCACCCUUAGGGAGCAGCUGGCGGGUGAAGAAGAGGAAGACUUUUCUGACAUGGUGGCUGAGCACGCCGCUAAACAGAAGAAUAAGAGGCGACGUCUGCAACAACAACAAGAUCAAAAUAAACCGGCUAAGAAGUAUAAGGAUUUCAAAUUUUGAUUUUCUGCUCCUAAAAAUUUCUAUGCUUUCAAAAUUUUCUUUGAUUUGUCAACCUUUCAAUGGCCUCGCAUUUUUUCCAAAGACACUUUCAGUGUGGUUGGUUUCAACCCUGGCAUUAAAAUUGUAUCGAUUCUCGAAAAAUAAAUUUUAACAUUUCAAUUA